AUGGCUUGUGGGGCAACUCUGAAACGGACACUUGAAUUCGAUCCUCUGCAUAGUCCUUCUCAAGCAAGCCCUAUCAAAAGAAGGAGAUGCAUGCCGUUGACGAUGUCGCAGGCUCCCCCACCUACAAAAUUACACCAUUUAUCGCCUUCACCAUUUGCUGCUGUAACGCCCAACAUGACGAAAGAAGAAAUUGCUGCCAGAAUUGGAUCUGAGCUGAAGAGAAUGCAGAAAAGAAAACAGCUAUAUUAUCCAACUUCUCACAGUCCACCGCUGUCUACAUGCUCUUCACUUGGUCGCCAGAGCCCACCUGUGUCUCUAGAAGCAUUGACUUCAGCAGCAGCUAGUUCUAGAGACUUCCCGUCUUUACCAUCACAUUCGACUUCAGAGACUGCGUCAGCUAGGCAAAAGGAAGUUCCUCUGUUUACUUUCAGACAAGUUUCUAUGAUAUGUGAGCGCUUAGUGAAAGAACAUGAAGAGAACCUCAGGGAAAAUUAUGAUACAGUACUUAAUAACAAACUCUCAGAGCAAUAUGAGGCAUUCCUCAAGUUUAAUCAUGAUCAGCUGCAAAAACGCUUUGGGAAUGCACCAAUGAGCUAUGUAUCCUAA